AUGAAUGCAGUUUUCAAGAAGGGGCAGCACUCUUUCAACCUGACGGAAAUUCUCCACCCAGCUUCAGGGGCCGUGUCGCACCCCUACUCCACCCCUGCCUUUACAUACGGCACCCCGAGACCGUCCCCGCCGCUUUCGCCAAACUCCUCAGGUCUAGCACAUCUACAGGCGUUGUGUACCACAGGCGUCUCGGCGUUUCACACCCGGGGUAAGGAGAGUGAACGGAGAGAGAUUCCGACACACGCAACCGGUCAGCUGAAAUUUGGAAUUAGCAGAAUACUCUCCGAAGAUUUUGGAAAGAUAAAACGUGAAAAAGAAAGUCGCCAGAAAGCUUUGGAGUCGACACCCACAAGAAAUUACGUCCAUUGCUCCGUUUAUCCAUCAAACUCGGCAGGCUACACAAGCCACGCCCACUUCGCCUUUCCGUCAACGUUGUCUGCUGUACACGCCCUUCAGCCCCCCCAUUAUCCCGUUAAUGGAUCGUCAGACAUGCUGCCAGGACCCUAUUCCAUCCUGAGUGCAGACCACGGCGUGACAAACCAACCGAAACGAAAACGGUCGUGGUCCAGGGCCGUCUUCUCUAACUUACAGCGAAAAGGUCUUGAAAAGAGAUUUGAGGUCCAGAAAUACGUGACAAAACCCGACCGACGGCAGCUAGCAGCGAUGCUAGGUCUUACAGACGCACAGGUAAAAGUUUGGUUUCAAAAUAGGCGCAUGAAAUGGAGACAUGCGCAGCAGCAACAUGAUAAGGAAGAAGAUGGAAAACAAGAUGGCGACCAUCAAAAUGAUGACAUCAAAACUGAGAAAAAUGACGAAGUCAAUCCCGAAUCUAGUGAUUCUGAAAAUGAUCAAUCAAAUGCCGACAAUAACAUUUUGUCACCAGAAAUAGACGAUACAAGUUACCAAACAGACAACAUAAACAUCACGUGAAGGUAACGAGUAAAUCGUGAGGCGCCAUCCUCUGUCACGAAUCCAAAAUCGAAGUCAAAAUUACAGAAGUUAAUUUUCGUUGAUUUUGAUUUUGUUAUUCACUACAAUGUACUGUUUUCUUUCCCAAUUUUAACAUUGUUUUGGGAGUAAACAAGUGAUUGUGAACCACACAUGGACAUCAAUUAUUCAUGGCUGUUUGUAUAUCGAAUAUAUCGAAAUUGUGUUUAUCUAUUUAUUCCGUGUUCUGUUCAUAGGAAUAGUAAAAUAACUUGUAUGAUUUGAUUUACAAAAUAAUUUUAUUUUUAAUUCUAACCAGUAAUAGUGGUCAUUCUGCAGAGGUAAUGAAAUGCUUUUUUUAUCAUCUUAAACUUUGUACAAUCAUACAAACGUUUUUCGAGUGAAAUUACUAGUUGAGCUGUAACUCUAUAUUAGUAUCCUAAAUGCACACGUACGUAUUUUUUAGGAUGUUCAAUCAAACCAGAAUCUGUCGUGCAUGGAGAUAGACGGAAUAUUUCUGUUUCUGUAAAGCUACGUUUCAUAUAUUUUAUUUAUUUAAAACAAAAUGAGUCUAUUUUAUAUUUAAUUCUUAUGUUCAAGGUAAAACCAGCUAAAUAUAAAAAGUGAAAUUAUGUAGCUUUAUAGACAGAAAUAUUCGGUCUACCUCCAUGAACCUCGGGACCUAUUAACAAUAUCAAAAGAUGGAGAUAUCUUUUUUUAAUUUUUAAUCAUCUUAAAAGUCUACUUAAAAUAUGAUUUUAGAGACAGUCUGCAGGAAGUAACGCUUUCGAUUUAGUUGUAUCACCAUUGUGAUAUACAAUGUAAUAUCAAAUUUUAAAAAAAAUGGAUUCUUUCCAAGAUAUUCUUCAAUUUUCAAUGACCUCACCAUUCUGGCAUAUUAUCAUUGGACAAAAAAUUUGUG